AGAUACACACAUACGGAAUAUCGUUCGGUGUCGGCGGUGGAGAGCUCCGCCAUUGACGCCGAGAAUGUUAAGCUCCGCGGAAACCACUCAUUCGGAUUUCUCUAUAUUUAGAUAUUACUCGACUCUAUUAUUAUGCUCCUUGGAAAUCUCCAUGUCAAUCUCCAGUUGAUUUCGCUUUGAACAAUAGAAUGGGCUAUCUGCUUUUCCGUCGCACGCUUUCACGUACUCUGCCAUUUGGCAAUGCAGAUUUCUGUCACUCAACCUCAAAGUCAAUGUUUGGAACUUCACACAGUGUUUUUCAGUGCAUAAGGAUGAUCGGUAGUUCCAUUCAUACCAAAAAAUUUGAUUUUACAGACCUCAAGCACCCACAUACAUGGUAUCCUAUUGCACGGAGGCGAAAAAGGAAAGUAAUAUUGCAUGUUGGUCCAACAAAUAGUGGUAAAACAUAUCAUGCUCUGAAGCGAUUGGCAUCCUGUUCUUCAGGUAUCUACUGUGGACCAUUGAGACUGCUGGCAUGGGAAGUUGCUCAACGGAUGAAUAAGGCUGGAGUUCCAUGUGAUUUAAUAACCGGACAAGAGAGAGAAGAAGUUGAUGGAGCAAAACAUAAGUCAGUUACCGUAGAAAUGGCAGAUGUUACAUCUGAGUAUAAAUGUGCAGUUGUUGAUGAAAUUCAGAUGUUGGGAUGUAGAACGCGAGGUUUUUCGUUUACACGGGCUUUACUAGGGUUAGCAGCUGAAGAACUACACUUGUGUGGGGAUGCUGCCGUAGUCCCUCUAAUACAAGAAAUACUUAAAGUUACUGAUGAUGAUGUCAAGGUUCAAUCCUAUGAGAGGCUUUCUCCUCUUUCUCCAUUAAAGGUUCCUCUGGGAUCCUUUUCCAACAUACGGACAGGGGACUGCAUCGUCACAUUUUCACGAAAGGGGAUAUACACGAUAAAGAGGGAAAUUGAAAGCAGAGGGAAGCAUCUUUGCUCUGUUAUUUAUGGCUCACUACCUCCGGAGACUCGAAGCAGACAGGCAACAAUGUUCAAUGAUGCAAACAAUGGUUUUGAUGUCCUCGUUGCUAGUGAUGCUAUUGGAAUGGGUCUGAACCUUAACAUAUCUAGAAUUAUAUUUUCGACAUUGAGGAAAUUUGAUGGAGUGGAAACAAGGGAUCUUUAUAUUUCCGAGAUUAAACAAAUUGCUGGAAGAGCUGGCAGGUACAAAUCUAAGUUUCCCACGGGUGAAGUGACCUGUCUAAGUGCUGCUGAUCUACCAUUACUUCACUCAGCUUUAAGUUCUCCAUCUCCUGUCAUACAACAAGCUGGACUUUUUCCUAACUUCGAUCUUUUGUUCAUGUAUUCACGCUUACACCCAACUUAUAGCCUUCACCAAAUACUGGAGCACUUUAUUGCGAAUGCCAAGUUGUCAGAAAACUUUUUCAUCUCAGAUUGUGAGGAAAUAUUGAAAGUCGCAGCAGUUGUAGAUGAGCUACCUCUCAAUUUGCAAGAUAAAUAUCUCUUUGCAAUGAGUCCUGUUGAAAUGGAUGAUGACAUUUCGUCGCAGGGGCUGACCCAGUUUGCAAUGAGUUAUGCCAGAAAUAAGGUUGUUCGGCUUAAGGAAAUUUUCACUCCUGGAACACUCAAGAUUCCAAAAUCACAUAACGCUCUUAAGGAGCUUGAAUCAAUCCAUAAGGUUCUGGAUCUGUACGUUUGGCUGGGUUUUCACAUGGAUGACUGCUUCCCGGACCGUGAAUUAGCAGCUUCUCAAAAGGCUAUUUGUGCCAUGUUAAUUGAGGAGUUUUUAGGGAGGGAUAGCUGGCGGACACCUGCUCAUAAAAGAAUUACAUCUUUACAAGCAUCUAGUUCUCUUAUUCGACGGCCUUCAAAAUGACCUUUGCAAUUCUUCUGCAUUCCUUCCCUUGGUUCAAUAUUUCUGUUUCCAGCAGCUGGCGAUGAAAAUCCACAUUGCUUACUCAGGGCAAAUGCUCUUACAAUAUAUGAAGGGGACUCAUUCGCGCCGAAAAUGUGAAACAACAGGCUGGCGGAUUAUACGGGUUUGUGACUACAAUGUGUGUCAAA